GAGGCCUGCCUCCUCCUGAGCGCCCCUUUCCGUGGCCUCCUGACCGUGGCCUCGCUCUUCACGCUGCGCGACAAGAUCGGCAUCAGGUCUGUGGGGCUUGCGAUCCGCGACGCUGCAAAGCCUUACGAGGCCCUGACUGUGCUUACGUCCUCUUCGCCCGGGGUCACUGACCCUGGCAUCCACCGAUUCCGCCUCGCAGAGAAGUCUCCCAUCUUUGAGCCCGAUGAGAAGUUCUUCCUUUGCAUCUCUGCCGGCGAUGUGCGGUCGAUGUCCACGGAUGGUACCUCAGAGCCGUUCUUGCACCUCCCGCUCUCGAAUGUGACGUCUGUUGCUGAGGGCGUUCCUGGCUGGAUGAUGCUCCGUUCGGAUGCCGACGGCAGCAUCGGCGCAGAGGCGCUGAGUGACACGUGGAAGGAGCCGUGGGAGACCUGA